AUGGGGGAGGUGGGAGAGCACGUGUUGCCCUGUGAAUGAGGUCAGCACACAUCGGGAAGUGGGAGGGUACAGGGUACAGGGUAGUCCACUCACUGUGUGCCCGCACCCCGGACCAACCGCUAGAUGUUGUUUGCUGCAGGAAGUUCCCACAAAGAAUAAACAGUAAACAUGUCUGCAUACCUGGAGCUGAAAGACAAGUUUGGCAAUGAUCUGAGGUUUGGAAAUGGAGGAGAUAUCUGGUACCCUCCCUUUCCCUUCGCACAAGAUUAUCGACAACACGUCAAAGACAUCCGUCAGGUGGAGCUCCGUCCAGAUGACAUCCUCAUAACGGGUUUCCCCAAAACAGGAUUUCACUGGCACCACGAGAUCUUGCACAUGCUGCGGGACGGAUCACCGGAGUUCGUCACCAAACCCGAGACCAGAGAGUUCUUGGACUUUUCAACAAAGAAAGAGUUAUUGCCCCCUGAUAAUCCACGAAUACUUACCACUCAUUUCCGCUACCAUCAUCUUCCUCUACAAGUGUGGGAGAAGAAAGUCAAGGUCGUGUACUUGACCCGAAACCCUAAGGACACGUGGGUGUCUUUCUACAACCACGCGCAUGAACACACGGGUAUCUGCACCUACGAUGGUCCCUUGAAUCAGUUCUUUGAAGUCAUGAUGGACAUGGGAUUCUGGUACGGCGACUGGUUUGACUACGUGUUGGACUGGGAGGCUAAGCUGUCAGCUGACAAAGAACUCGACUACAUCAUCUCUCCCUUUGAAGACCUCACGCUGGACCCUGUAGGACAAAUAGAGAAGCUGGACAAGUUCUUGGGAUUCAACAGGGGCAGAGAACUGUGUGAGCGCAUCGCGGAAGCUUGCAAGUUCACUAACAUGAAGGUGGUCAAGGAUGCGCAGAUGCCGAGUGAGAUGAAAGCAAAGAUUUGGAAAGAAAACGCGCCAGGCUUCUACAGGAAAGGCGAGGUCGGGGACUGGAAGAACUGGUUCACUGUGGCCCAGAACGAGGCUUUCGACGCGCUGUACGAGAAACGUAUGGCCGGCAGUCAGCUGACCUACAGAUACCAGUGACGAGUGUCUAUUAUAUGGCUGUCACCUGGUUUGACUUCGAAUCAAAUUAAGCUAUUUUUUUUUAGUGCCAGCCAGCCAGCCAGCAGCCAGCCAGCCAGCCAGCCAGCCAGCCUUUAUCCCAUAUGUCGCGUGUUUCUUUAAAAAAUAAAAUGUAAAUUCUA